CGCUUACUGGAAGUACACGCUGUCCCGUACGCGCCAGUUCCGUUCCGACUAAGGGCCAGACCGGUACAGCAAAACCGCAGGCCUGGCACUCGAUUCCGGCCAGAUACGACCAACGAACCUCGCGAUAGCACGAGAUCCAGCGCACGUUCCAGUGAUCCACGUUCUUGUCUACCUGCGUGUCGCGUUACGUUUCGCUUAAGUGGCCGUUAUUAACGGUAUAGGAGCAUAAGCCCAAUUGACCCCCCGGGAAUUGUCGCUGAACCGAAAUAGGGAGUCCACCAGAAUGACCGGCGCCAUCGAUUUACUGCUGAGCGUGCGCGGACACCAACGUGUCCCAUCGGAUACGAAGGAGUUCCAUGAAGCUACCAAACGCGAUGCCUUGAUGCGCCUGAAGAAGGAUCUGGACAACUUACUAGAGACGGUGGAGGACUCGAAGCGAACUGGCGUGCAGAAGGAGAUGUGCGGUUUUGAGGCGUUGUACCAUCGGUUUCUGCAAGAGGAUGGUCCUUCGGUGGAAUGGGAUCGCAUUGAUAAGCUGCCCGAGGAUGCGGUGAAGGAUUAUUCCACGAUGAAAUGCCCCCAGGAAACGCACAUUCGUGAUAUGCUGGAGAAGUUGGUGGUGGUUAAGCUGAACGGUGGUCUCGGUACAUCGAUGGGCUGCCACGGUCCAAAGAGUGUGAUUCCGGUGCGCAACGAUUUAACGUUCCUCGAUCUAACCGUCCAGCAGAUUGAACAUCUGAACAAAACUUACAACGCCAACGUUCCGCUCGUGCUGAUGAACUCGUUCAACACGGACGAGGAUACGGAGAAAGUAAUCCGCAAGUACAAGGGCUUUAAGGUUCAGAUCUAUACGUUCAACCAAAGCUGCUAUCCGCGUAUCAGUCGCGACUCGUUGUUGCCCAUUGCGAAAGACUUUUCCAUCGAAAAUGACAUCGACGCAUGGUACCCUCCUGGCCACGGUGAUUUCUACCAAUCGUUCCAGAACUCGGGAUUGCUACGGAAAUUCAUUGAAGAAGGGCGAGAGUACUGUUUCCUGUCCAACAUCGACAAUCUCGGAGCGACGGUUGAUAUCAAAAUCUUGAACCGUCUCAUCGGCGACGAUCGGCAGGGCGACAAGCCGAUCGAGUUUGUCAUGGAAGUAACGGACAAAACCCGGGCCGACGUAAAAGGUGGCACGCUGAUCCACUACGAGAACAAACUGCGGUUGCUGGAAAUCGCUCAGGUGCCCAAGGAGCACGUGGAUGACUUCAAGUCGGUGAAAACGUUCAAAUUUUUCAAUACCAACAACAUCUGGGCGCGCCUGGAAUCGAUCGAGCGUGUGCUGAACGCGAAAACCAUGAACAUGGAAAUAAUCGUGAACAACAAGACGCUUGAUAAUGGAAUGCGCGUAAUCCAGUUGGAGACGGCAGUCGGUGCAGCGAUGAAGUGCUUCGAUGGCGGUAUUGGUAUCAAUGUGCCACGGUCGCGCUUUUUGCCCGUGAAGAAAACCUCCGAUCUGCUCCUGGUCAUGUCCAACCUGUACAGUCUGAAGUACGGUUCGCUUGUGAUGUCGCCACAGCGUAUGUUCCCGACGACGCCGCUCGUAAAGCUGGGCGAUAAUCAUUUCAGCAAGGUGAAAGAGUUCCUUAGCCGGUUUGCCAAUAUUCCGGAUUUGAUUGAGCUCGACCAUUUGACCGUUUCCGGGGACGUGACGUUCGGCCGGGGAGUUUCGUUGCGUGGCACAGUCAUCAUCAUCGCCAACCAUGGAGACCGAAUUGAUAUUCCCGCGGGGGCCAUUCUAGAAAACAAAAUCGUAUCCGGUAACAUGCGUAUUCUGGAUCACUAAGUACAGCACGAGCUUGUCGGGCAAGAUACUCGCGAAGCGAUUGUCGAAGGGGUGAGUGAUAGCAAAGGCGUAGCUGGGAAAGUUCCACAAGACGGAUGUGAAGCUCUCGUGUUUGAUUUGUUAAGGUUAUUGAGUGUACGUAACGUGUGCUGUGGUUCGAUCACUUCAUCGUAGCCCUUGGGUGGCUUUUUAGUUUAUGGUUCCGAUGCGCACAGCAGGAUAAGCAAUGAUAUUUUAGAAGAAAAAGGAAAGAUUGAAAUUUGCUAUACAGCAUAUCGUUACAAGUUGUGAAUAAUAAAAUACAGAUAUGGGUUAA